AUGGUGUACAGUAAUCCAGCUCUAGACACGUAUAGGAUCAAGGUGUACAGUAAUCCAGCUCUAGACACGUAUAGGAUCAAGGUGUACAGUAAUCCAGCUCUAGACACGUAUAGGAUCAAGGUGUACAGUAAUCCAGCUCUAGACACGUAUAGGAUCAUGGUGUACAGUAAUCCAGCUCUAGACACGUAUAGGAUCAAGGUGUACAGUAAUCCAGCUCUAGACACGUAUAGGAUCAAGGUGUACAGUAAUCCAGCUCUAGACACGUAUAGGAUCAAGGUGUACAGUAAUCCAGUUCUAGACACAUAUAGGAUCAUGGUGUACAGUAAUCCAGCUCUAGACACAUAUAGGAUCAAGGUGUACAGUAAUCCAGCUCUAGACACGUAUAGGAUCAAGGUGUACAGUAAUCCAGCUGUAGACACGUAUAGGAUCAAGGUGUACAGUAAUCCAGCUCUAGACACGUAUAGGAUCAAGGUGUACAGUAAUCCAGCUCUAGACACGUAUAGGAUCAAGGUGUACAGUAAUCCAGCUCUAGACACGUAUAGGAUCAUGGUGUACAGUAAUCCAGCUCUAGACACGUAUAUUAGGGUCAAGGUGUACAGUAAUCCAGCUCUAGACACGUAUAUUAGGGUCAAGGUGUACAGUAAUCCAGCUCUAGACACGUAUAGGAUCACGGUUUACUUUUAA